ACUUUUUCUUCAACCAUACGCAUCUCAAUACCCAUUUGUCCCAUUUAAAGUUUCUUCUUCUUCUGCAUGCUUUUUAUUAGUGUUCAGUUCUUAGUGGCGAUAGAUAUUAGAUUCAAUGGAAUACUCUAAUCUCACUGCCUCCAAUGAGUUGGAUAUGAAGAUAAAUGCCAUACUUAGCAUUAUCGUGCAAGAUGCUGGAGAUACAUUCGCUAAGCGGGCUGAAAUGUACUAUCAAAAGAGACCCGAGCUCAUCGAAAUGGUGGAAGACUUGCAGAAAUCAUACCGCUCGUUAGCCGAGAAGUAUGAUCAGCUGAGAUCCCAACUCAACAACCAAGGACUGCAAAACCAUGUUGAAGGUGAAGAACAUGAAGAAGCCAGAGCUGAAGAUCCUGAACAUGAGAUUGAAUUCCAUCAUGAUCCCUCAAAAGGGCCAGCAGACCCGACCAAGACCUCGAAGAACGUGAAUGGUGUUACAUUCCAGCGCAAUAUAAGUGAUGGUUCUCAGUUAAUGGAGAAUGAGAAGCUGUGGAAUGAACUGAGGUUCAAGGUUUCAGAACUGGUGGUAGAGGAUAAUUUAAGCCAGCAGGCUGAGUUGAUAAGGAGAAAUGAUGAGAAGAGAGGAAAGAUUAGAGAACUACUUGGUACCAAAAUGAACGUGGUGGAUGAUGACAACGAGAAGAGCCAUAAAGUUCCCAAGAAAACAAAGUCUCUAUUAUCAAGGCUGAAGAGAUUAUUCCUUGGAAGGUUUACCUAGCUAUAUCCAUAUAGGUUAAUUGCUUUCUCUUGCAUGCAUUUGAUCAGUUCCAGUUUAUGAUUGUUAAUUGAAACUUUUGUGAGGGUUUUAUUUUUAUUUUUUUGGGGGUGUGUUUAAGACUAAGACUGCUACUACUAUAUAUCAUGUGCUGUAAUUCUUUUGGUGCUCAGCAUUUGUUUGUAGGGUUGCUAACUAUGUGGUAGGAUUGAAAUACGAGUACAUUUGUCCCAAUAAGAAAGUUGCUGGUUAUGUGUGUUUUCUGAUAUAUUCCUCAACUAGUCAACAAUUUUUCCUUUAUAUAUGGAGAGGGAAUCAGUGAGGAUAUUAUUGUAUGAUUUAUAUGAUACUUUUGAGAAGAUAAGUAAUAUUUGACAUGUUGUUUAAUCUGCUA